UUGACGUAAUUUCCAGCAAUUUCUUAACAGAUCAUUUGGGUUUUCUUGUUUCUGGGUUGUGGGAAACAGCUAUGGAAUGAAGUCGGGGUUCAGAUGAGGGUUAAUCUGAAGUUUUACGAGUGUGUCCAUCGACAUAUUAUAGGGUGUUCUUGAACUAAGAUGUAUGGUAUCCCAAGCUGGGCCACCAUUGGUGAUAUGGGUUACGCUUUGAGUAGACUAGAGAUUGGUUCUGACUGUGAUGGCGACAUGAGUAUCAAUGCAGCGGUUGAAGGUCAAGUGUCCAACAAGCCUUUGAAUUAUUUAGAUGAUGAAAUUGCACAGCUUACUAGAAUGAAAUCAGGGCCUAGUUCACAUUUGAGUCAAGUACUGCCUGGGAAGCGGGAGGUAUAUAUUUCCCCUGUAAAAAUGUUGGCGGGCCGGGAAUGUAACUAUUCAGGGAAGGGAAGGUUCUCAGCUGGAGAUUGUUGUCACAUUUUGAGCAGAUAUUUGCCUGUUAAUGGUCCAUGGCUUGUGGACCAAAUGACUAGCCGAGCCUAUGUCUCGCAGUUUUCGUCAGAUGGUUCUCUAUUUGUUGCAGGAUUUCAGGGGAGCCACAUUAGAAUUUAUAAUGUGGAUAAUGGGUGGAAGGUUCAAAAGAACAUUCUUGCAAAAAGUUUGCGGUGGACAAUUACUGAUACAUCACUUUCUCCUGACCAGCGUUUCCUUGUAAGUGCUUACUCGAGAAACUAUACGUGUAUCAAGCCUUAGGUAUCUGCUUCCAUG